AAAAAAAAAAAAACAAAUCCUCUCUCCUUACAUUCUUCAUUGUUUUUGUGACGAAUUUGCUGCUAAAAAGUUUGUUUUCGUGUGUUGAAUUUACAGUGAUGUGAAGAAGUUGAUUGUUCUAGUGAUAAAGAUGCAGAAUUUGGGUGAAUUCAAAUUGCCCCACUUUUUUAAUUACCCUCCUUACUUCACUUUGCAGACAGUUAGGGACACUCGAGAGAAACAAAUACAGCUCUGGAAAGAACUUAUCAUUGACUAUUGUAGAGCUCACAACAUAUUUAUUAUUGAAUUGGACCAAGAUUUUCCUUUGUUCUCCAAUCCUGUUAUUGAAAGAUCUCUCAGUCAUGAAGCCAGGGAAGUGUUUCUUUCUGCAUUAGUUUCAGAAGGACGUGCAGAAUGGUUAGAUAAAGGACAUCGGAAGUGCCUCCUUCUGUGGCACCGUAUUCAAGAGUGGGCGGACCUUAUCUUACGUUUUGUUAAGGACAACGGCUUAGAGAACGACGUCAUGACUAUUGAGGAAAUACGCUCUGGAACUGAAACUCGAGGAACAGAGCUUCAUGGAAUUGAUCGGACGAUCUUGAUGCGAGCAUUGAAACUACUAGAACACAAAGGGAAGCUUGCAAUUUUUAAGGGAACCUCAGCUGAUGAUGAAGGUGUGAAAUUCUCCAUAUAAUGUUUCGACUAUACGUAGAGGAUAGUCUUUCUGAUCAUGUUUUAUCAAAUGUACUACAACUGUGCUGUCCAUUCAUAUUAUGAACUCAAUUGAAUACAUUUUCUUCACAUA